CCCUUCCGGUUCCCUUCCACCCAUUCCCAUUGUCUCUUAGACCUUGUCUGGCUGGCGUGUCUCCUCCUUCGUCUCUCUCUCUCUCUCUCUCCGUCGCUCGUCCAUGGCCCUGUCGACCCGACCUUUCUUGCCUACCUACUAGAUACACCUUGCCUAAAUAAGUGGUGGUGUCUGUCGGUCUGGCGUCUGGUGUCCGGUGUCUGGUGUCUGGUGUCCCCAAGGUUCCCUUCCUUCUUGCCUGCGACGAGAUACAAAACCCAAGACUGCCUGCCCACCCCUCUUUCGUUGCCGCGCCUUCCCUUCCCUUUUCCACCCCUCGGUGGCCAUCUCUCGUCUCUUCUUCCCACUUCCUCCUCUCUUCUCGAGCCAUCGUCGUCUCACCGAUACUCUUCGCCGCCCACCGACCGCUCGUGAACCUAAGCCAACCUUACCUUCCAACGUCUCCCUCCCGGACCCCAUCGACCAAUAUCCCUUGCUCGGCGACAUCGGCGUCACGACGUAUGCAGCCGGUCACAAGAGAAACCAAAACCCAUCGAGUCACCGUCACCCCUCUUUUCGUCUACCUAAUAAGAAGACGAACAGGCUGCCUUCACCCUCGCCCAGCUCCUUUCACUGCCUUACUUGGCCCAUCUCACCUUGCCUAGCCUCCUCCUGAGUAGUCAUCCUCAACGAUACUCAUACACACCACUUCAUAUAAGGUAUCACAUCCCUCUGCCUCGAUCCCCCGCCUUGAAUGGCUCUCACGCACAAUCCUCUUACACGCUCCUCCUUUCAUCCCUACUCCAUCACCGCCCUGCGACAAGAGUAAGAGCGAACAAGCAGAUUAAGAGACACAGACCGCUCUUAAUACUAGUUUGUUACGAGGAAUGCCAAACAGUCGUUUUUCCUCUCUCAUUUUUAUUCUAAAAAAAUUCCCCACGGCAUGAAACUCCAUCGUCCUUACCCAGACUGCAUCUUACCUGAUACGGCCAAAGAAGACAGACGCCUGCAUCCCGCUCCUUUGCGAACAUCCGACUAACUUCUGAAAGCGGCAUGAUCCAGCGGCCCAUCCCAGUGUCUUAGCAGCAGCGCCCCUCACCUCACAGCCGCAUCACGUCCCGCCCGACUCUUACACUUCGUUCCGCCUCGACCACCCCAGGUACCAACCUACUUUGAGCACCUUGUGCAUCACGCCUAAAGGACACGAACUACAUCCCAAAAAGGUAAACCUCGAUGGGUUACUGGGGAGUAAACAUUUCGAGCCGACCCUGGAAACUCUUUAUCGCCAAUCGAUAAAACCAGCAGCUACUCUUAAUUGAACGCAUUCCGAAACCUCCAGACUCACCCGCAUCUACCCCUCCUCCAGUCAGUUUGCGACGACUUGCCAACAGAUUACAUUCGUUUCGGAACCCCCUCACUUGAACGAUCCGCUUGCCUCGACCACCGGCAACUUGUACGACGACGAACGCACCUUCUGAUCGAUUGAACAAGGGCUUAGAAGAAGCAAGCGAGCGACGCCGUGCAGCUGCAUACAAACAGAGAAAUCAGGCGACAACAAGGAGGGGAAUAAAGAAAAGAGCCAAGUUAUUUGGUGAAAGAGAGACUGUGAUUCUCCAAUACAGGCAAUACUAGCCACGAUUCAGAAGCCGGCUUCACAGCGAUAGGCUAGAGGACUUACCUCACGCAACGGUGGAAGGGAUUCACAGCAUGGACGAAGCCAUGGAUUACGCAUACCAUCAUCCAGAGCAGUCUCAGGGUCAGGCACAGAAUCCGUACGCACAACAGCGACCACGAUGCCCUUAUUUCCUCAACAGAGAAGGCCAACAGCAACUCCCUGGGAUGCCACAGCACCGCUCAACAAUGCACUACGACCCUGUUCACUCCUCAGCGAACUACCCAAAUUGGCAGCCUCAAGUGCCACCGAUACCUGGGCCAUAUCACUGGCAACACCAACCCCACUUGAUGAACCACCGGGGACAUCCAGCACCCCAGCACCGGCCUUCGAACUCGGCCUCUGAGGCACCUUACUACAACCAUGUGCCUGUUCCGAACUUUGGCAAUGUGGCUGGUGGCUACUCAGGGGCACCUCCAAGUGAGAUGGUAGGCCCUCCAACCAUGCAGCCGUCGUUCCCUCAUACGCAGCUCCCUUCGGUGAGAUUCAAUCUUGCGACGGCCCUACCAGCAGGCCAUCCGGCACAAGGCCAGCCGUUCUAUACCAGCUCCGAGAGGAACUUUGGUGGGCAGAAUGCUGCACCUCGCCACAACACCUUUAACACGGCUUCUCACUCUGUGAAUACAUCAAAUCCUCCGGUACCACAAACUAGCUCAGAACAUCUUGUGGCAGCCCCGAAUCCUCCCCAGGUCGAGACAUCAGACUCUACUGGAGGUACAAAUCAAGCCCCAUCUUCCGGGACCAGCAUCCAGUUUGGAUCUGCUCCUCCUUCAUCUACUCUCCACCGCAGCACUGCAACCUUUCCCAAUCCGCCAUAUGACGUUCAUCAACCUAAUUCAGGCGCCUCAUCUUCUGGAGCCUCGAGCUCAUCAAGCAGCUUGGGCUCGCACCACCAUCCAGAGCGACGUCGAGUCCCUGCCAUUCGGCGCGCGUCCAGAAGACAAAGCCCUCUUUCCGACAGUGAUGUCGAUUCCGACCGAAGCGCGCUCGAACAGGUCAUAGCAUUGGCUGGAAACCCAACGCAAAUGGCACGUCAUAUUAUGACUCUGGAAGAAGACCACGUUCGGGCCGCUCAGUUCAUGCGUGGCUCUGUGACCACGAAAUAUGUGGCGUCUUCGUCUGCUAUCCAAUCUCUUCAGAGCGUUCCGAUCACCGAGCUAUCAGAAAGCGAAAGAACCUGUGUCAUCUGCUACAAUGAAUUCGGUGUGGAAACACCCGAGGGCGUGAAGGAGGCUCCGCUGCGACUGCCCAAAUGCAAACAUGUAUUUGGUGAUCACUGCAUCAAGAAAUGGUUUGAGGAGUCGGACAGCUGCCCUUACUGCAGAGAUAAGGUGCCACACGAAGCCAGGAUCACAUCCACACACCCGAACUUUGACCGGUACUACCGCAAUCGUGGUCAUGUGAACCUUGGAAAUCUUGCUGGUUACGCUGGCUACAUGCGAGACAGGGACGCUAGUCUUGCGCAGGACGACGCCAACCGCUCGCAAGGAUCUGGAUCUAGCCAUGGUGAACGCCGCUCUCCCCCGACAGACAGCGGUGAAAGUCGGCGUAGGAUUCGACCUCGUACUGGUAUUCAAGGGCCAGGGUCACCAACAUUCAGCAGCAGCCGGCCCAGACCAGUAUCCAGCACAUACGAGAGUAACAGGAGAGCGCAUGCUGCAAUUCCUGCUCUACUCCCACCUCGUGGAGCUUUCACAUCCAACGGCUCCAGUCGUACGAACCACGGUGCUAUAUCACAGGUGUCCUUUUCCGGUCCCAACAUGCAUCAACACCAUCAGGCAACUGGCUUUGCAGGUCUAGGAGAGACUGGGAGCGCCUCGUCGCAAGGAGUUCCGAUAACCGCACGCCACCCUAACGGAGCUGCGCCAACCGCUCUUGGCGUGCCUGAGGGGCUCCAUGGGAACGGAUAUUUGAACCCCGCGAACCGAACCUCACUGCCGGCAGUCCUUCCGGGCCCUUGGAUCGGAGACCUAACAGCACCCGACGAAAGCCAUCGGCGUAUGAUGGGUAGUGAGAAUGGAGUGCCGCUUCAAGCCAACCCAUGGGUACGGGAAUAGGGAAGUCAACAUGGACUUGGCGGCUGUGGACAGCGUAGGCGUGGACGGCGUGGCCAGUGGAAACGUAAUUGGUAUACUGGAUAUGGGGGACAGUUUCACUAACCAGUCUACAAUUUUCUUUCGUGGAAAGGCUCGGUUUGGCAUGCAGGAUGACCUUUGACACAGAUCGACCACGGCGUUUAUUUUUUUCAUUUUUUCGGUGGUCAUGGCGUUUCAGGGAACCAGGGAUCGUCAUCUUCGUGAUGGCAUGAUUCAGGAUUCAAAGUCUCUCGGUAGGAUUCAUGAGGUCCGUUGGAUCUGACUGGUUUUAAGGGCUGACCAUUUGGGGGGGCCGGCCUGAGUGCACACAUCAUCAAUACAUUUCACGGGGCACUCACUUAUUUGGUGUUGGCCUGUUAGCCUUGAUACGCAAACAACGCGGCACCGCACACAUGGCGGAAGCGACACAGCAAGCUAGUCUAGUUGGUUCUAGUUAGUUGAGCGGACGAAUACAUGACUCUAUCCCACUC